AUGUUUCUGCUCUUUCUUCUGUUGAGUAUUCUCCCAGGGCCGAGUGCAGGAUAUCCCGGAAAGCAGAAAACUAGUGCCUUAACCGGUAUACCCGGGAUUAAUGCCUCCUUCGACUACGUUGUUGUCGGUGGUGGUACGGCCGGUAUGACAAUAGCAGCGCGCCUUGCUGAACGGAGUUUCCGCGUGGCCCUGGUGGAAGCUGGAGAGUUCUAUGAGACUGAAUUCCCCAUUACAAUGAUUCCAGCCGCCGCCUUGCUUAGCACAGGAUCCAAUCCGGACACAAAGACGUCCAUUGACUGGGGGUUUGUGAUCAAGGGUAGCUCUGGUACGAACUUUCGUGACGUCCAUUAUGAAAGGGGGAAAUGCCUGGGAGGAUCGUCGGCCAUAAAUUUUAUGAUAUAUCAAAGACCGAACGUGGGAUCGAUGCAGCUGUGGGCUGACCUCGUCAACGAUCAAAGCUACACGUUUGAAAACACCCUGCCGUUCUUCCAACGAACAGUAAAAUUCACUCCUCCUGAUGAUAAUGUGCGCCCUUCGAAUGCCACGAUGGAUUACGAUGAAGAUCCAUUUGAUAAAGACGGUCAGCCUCUCCACGUGUCAUAUCCCAUAUAUGUAGCGUCCUUUCCAAGUUGGAUGAAGCUUGGCUUGCAAGCCGUUGGGAUCAAUGAAACACGAGAUUUCAACAGCGGAUGGCUUCUAGGCUCUCAGUAUACUACCUAUACUGUACGACCAUCCGACAAAACGAGGAGCAGCUCCGAGUCUUCGUUCUUGCGUUCUACCAAGUCGCCCCUGCGGCGUCUUAGAACCCUGACGAUAUUCAAGACAACCACUGCUAAGAAGAUUCUCUUCGACUCGAGUAAACGAGCGACGGGAGUUCAAGUAAGGACUAAGGGAAUGAAAUAUUCUUUGAAUGCAACACGGGAGGUGAUUGUAUCCGCAGGUGCUUUCCAAUCUCCCCAACUCUUGAUGGUCUCUGGCAUUGGACCAGCCAACACUCUCAGGGAACAUGGUAUAGACAUCAUCGUCGAUCUUCCGGGCGUUGGCCAAGAGAUGUGGGAUCACAUAUUUUUUGGACCAACCUAUCAGGUAGAUCUAGAGACGUAUUCCAAGGCCACUACCGAUGGCCUGUAUCUUUUAGGACAAAUGUUCGAGUAUUUUACCGCCCACCAGGGGCUAUUGACAAACCCAGGAUGUGAAUACUUGGCAUUUGAGAAGCUACCAGACCACCUGCGAUCUUUGCUCUCGGCCCAGGCACAGAAGGACCUAUCAUGGUUCCCGAGUGACUGGCCAGAGAUAGAGUACCUUUCCAUGCCUCUUUUUGUUGGCAACUUCUCGAACCCUAUCUUCCAACCUAGGAGUGGCAAGCAAUAUGCGACAAUUGCAGGUUCGCUUGUUGCACCGACUUCUCGCGGAAAUGUCACCAUAAGAUCUACCGAUACGGAUGUCCUGCCGGUGGUCAAUCCCAACUGGCUUUCGACAGAAACCGACCAGCAGAUAGCAGUGGCGACAUAUCGGAGGAUCCGCGACAUGUUCCAGAGCAAAGCCAUGGCUCCCAUAGUGGUUGGGGGCGAGUACUUCCCCGGGAGCCAGUUCCAGUCUGACAGUGAGAUCCUCAACGUCAUCCGAGAUACAAUGAUGACUAUAUUCCACGCUGCCGGCACUUGUAAAAUGGGAGUUCGCAGUGAUCCCAUGGCCGUCCUUGACAACCGGGCCAGAGUUUUUGGGGUUAAGGGGUUGAGAGUUGUGGAUGCUAGUUCCAUGCCAGUUUUGGGUCCUGGGCAUCCUCAAUCCACCGUCUACAUGCUUGCCGAGAAAAUUGCAGCUGACAUCAUCCACCACCCUGAUGCCGAUAUCUGGGGGAAGUCCUUCCUCCUUUACAAAGAGCUGCAGAUUUCCUUCUGA